AUGCUUACAUGAACGAUAUGUAUUCUAACAUGGCUCCCUCUGGUUCUCAUCCUACUACCCAAAAUCGCCAGCAGCACCCCUAUCAUCUCCAGCAAUCACCUUUCCACUAUGCCUCAGACAGCUUUAAUCACUCAUCCUCCUCCUCAUCGGCGUUUGUUGGAUCUUCGCAAUCUCUGCAUUACCAGCCCGAUCCGCUGCUCCAGUACCAAUCCAGUUCUCUCUCUGGUUCACAGACCCAUUCAAUGGCGAGCCAUGCCUACUCGCCUCCGCCCGGACAAAACAUGGCGCAGGUUUCUCAGGGAUCACAGCAAGGAAGCAUGGACCCACAAAUCCAACUCGAACUCCUCCGUGAGACACGCAGGAUCAGGGAGCUCGAGCUGUCCAUCGCAUCGGAGAAGCGUCGCUCUGACGAAGCCAUCAUGCGACAACGCCAGGCCGAACUCGCCAUAGCCAACUUGGGCCACCACACACACGAUUUCAGUAGCGUCGAUGAUACGGGCUCUACCUCCUCUUUUCAACCCGACGCCUCGCUCGCAGAGUCGUGGCCCUUCGCAUCGUUCCCAUCAUUCGACGACCAUCGAGGCGGGACGUACGGUUCAUCCAAUCCGGACGUCUCAUCUUUGGAAGCCUCUCCGAAUCCCGGCCCAGUUUCCACCUCAUUUCCAGAUGCCGGACUACAAUCGGGACAUCAUCAUGGCCUGAAUUCUUCACCAGCUCUCGAACCGUCGACCUCUUCCAACGACCAGUAUCGUUCGCCACCCGUACCGGCUAGAAGCUCGAAGAAGAAGAAAGGCGUCGUACUCGAGGAACGCGAAUUAAAGUGCAUGAAGUGCAGCAAGGUCGUUGUCAAAGCUUUACUCCGGGGCACACGGAGUGAGCUAGACGUGCAAUAUCGGGCCCAGUUCCGCUGUAACGACUGCAUGGUGCCCGAGGGUCAAAUAGGAGCAACGUUCACUUCGAAAAAGCGCACGAACGAGAUCGAAGACACGACCGCUCCCACUGUAUGCAUUGUUUGUACUCGAGUACAAGGUCAGGGAGGUUUCGUGUCGAAGGACAGGGAACCGCUCGCGUUCACAUACGAUGCUGUCUGCGUUCCUUGCUCGCAGAAGUACAAGCGAUGCUCUAACUGCGGUGGUGCGUCCUCGCGCGCGAUGAUCGGAAAGUGGAGGUGUAAGGAGAUGUUUGAAGAAGGGCGCAAGACAUGCUCUUUAAGCCAUGAUAAACUUGGAGCGAGGGACAUGGAGAUGUCAGUUUGGGAGAUUCCCGGCAAUGUGUCUCACAAGAAAGAGUAUCCAGACAUGGUGCGCGCCUGCGUCAACCUAUGGAAAGAGCACCAGCUUGGCAAGAAUGCCACCCCCGAGGUCCUAGAACACUCGCUAGAACUAAGAACUUAUGAUGAUAUUCUACAGAAAAUAAUCAACAUGGGUCCACCGGCAAAUGAACUACUCACUAAACCACCCUUGACCCCCUAUCACCGCCAGUAUCUUUCUCUAACGUGGGCGAAAGCGAGGAGAAGGCGAGAUAAGUCGAAGCCCGAGUGGACACAGUCCACUGCGGCAGAGAAGUCGACCGCUGAGUGGGUCGCAUUCAAUACACGAAAAUCCGAGGUGUUAAUGCCUGCGAACUCUGUCCUUGCUGGAGUAUGGUUUUUCGAGUGGCAUAUCAAGAAUCGUACACUGCUUACAGGAACAUUGACUAUGUUCGAUCGGGGAGACGUGGAUGAACGCGGCGUGUUCUCGCAUACCAGCAUUUUGCUCCGCACCUUCGAGGAGAUAGACAAGCAUAAUUCAGAAUUCCCAGACGACCCCUGGCUCCCCCCGGAACAUCUUUGGGUCGCCACAAAGUCCGCUCCUAGCAAUCUUAGCCACCGGCUCUACGAACUUAUGGAAAGACGUGCGGGUAUGCUCAACUUGGACGAGUACAUUUCGCGAAAUCCGCGCGUCGAUCCUUCUAUCUUCAGCCCCGAGACUAGUCGAAUUGCGACGCACUUGACACAGCGCAUCUCUGGCGAUCCUGCCAUCAGCGUAUUUGUGAAGCAUCUCGGGGAUAGGAUCAAGGUAGAAGGAGUGGAGAACGUCAUGAAGAGGGAGUUGGCGAAGAUUCCGAAGAACGUAGAGGUAUGAGGUUCUGGGUUGAUGUAGUUAUGUUGUCGAUCAGAUUCGCUGUUCAGCUGUCUUUGUGGUAUUGCACUUGUUUUGUCUGUCAUAUUUAUUCUGUAGUAGACUAGUCGUGUCUCAUAGGCCUGCUUUAAG